ACCGUAUCCACGCCACCGAUGUGCUGCACGCCGUCUGGUAUCUGAGCACCCAACCGAUCCCAGGACUACAGACCGCCGCCUCCGACCACAGCUCCGCCAGCGACUCCGACUCGGACAGCGGGAUCACACAUGGUCACAUGGGAUACGUCUUCUCUAAGACCUAUAACCCCUCGGAGGAGACGUACGGCUGCCUCUCCGCCCAUAUACCGUCCCUGGAGCUGAUGGCGCUGUACGUUGCGGCUGCCAUGCACGACUACGACCAUCCGGGAAGAACCAACGCCUUCCUAGUGGCGACCAACGCUCCUCAGGCAGUGCUGUAUAAUGACCGCUCGGUCCUGGAGAAUCACCACGCCGCCUCCGCCUGGAACCUCUUCCUCUCCCGGCCGGAAUAUAACUUCUUAGUCAACUUAGACCACAUGGAGUUCAAGAGGUUCCGCUUCCUGGUGAUCGAGGCUAUCCUCGCCACCGACCUCAAGAAGCAUUUCGAUUUCCUGGCGGAGUUCAAUGCAAAGGUCAGUGAGAAGUCCUCCGCCUGGGGGGGGGGGUCAUUCCUGGGGUCAUUCCUGAGAUGA